AUGGGACCAGGUCCCGGGCCUGGCACCCCAGGAGACAGACUCCAGUUACAACCAAGCUACUCGGUGGAGAACAUUCCAUAUGGCCCCAACGACUACCACGAUGACUACCAGCAGCCUCAUCGGCACGGGAGCGACUACUCGCUCGACCCGCAAGCGCACCACGACGCAUACUACACCCAGCCUUACAAUCCCUCACCACACGAUGAGAGCCCGCAUCCCACCUAUGGGACACAGCCAGACCACUACUGGCAAGAUGAUGAUGACCGAAGGCCGAUGAUCCCGGGGGAUCAAACAUAUGGCCCAGAUCCGCAUGAGGCUGACCACCCGGUUGGCGCGCUCGACCACGACGUUGAGCAUGCAGCAGGCGCGUACCACGACGAGCCACAUCAUACUCCCAGCCCCGCACCCAUAAAGCGGUGGAAGACGGUGAAGGAAGUUCAGCUGUUCAAGGGUAAUCUUGUCCUUGAUUGUCCAAUCCCCCCGCGGUUGCUCAACCAGGUGCCGCAUGCACAGCCCCCCGAGCGUGACGAAUUCACACACAUGCGCUACUCUGCCGCAACGUGCGACCCUGCUGAUUUUGACGCUGAGCGAUUCACACUGCGCCAGAAGCUGUUUGCCAAGCCCAGGCAUACUGAGCUUUUCGUCGUCAUUACCAUGUACAAUGAGGAGGACGAACUGUUUGCGCGCACCAUGACUGGUGUCAUUAAGAACAUUGAGUACAUGAACUCGCGAACUAACAGUAAGACAUGGGGCAAGGACGCGUGGAAGAAAAUUGUAGUGUGUGUCGUCAGUGAUGGUCGUGCCAAGAUUAAUCCAAGAACGCGAGCCGUUCUCGCAGGUCUCGGAGUGUAUCAGGAUGGCAUUGCCAAGCAACAGGUCAAUGGCAAGGAUGUGACUGCCCAUAUUUACGAGUAUACCACGCAGAUGCAACUUGACAUCAAGAAAGGUGUUGUUGGGGUCAAGAAAGGCAACACCCCUGUCCAGAUGCUGUUCUGUUUGAAGGAAAAGAAUCAGAAAAAGAUUAACUCCCAUCGCUGGUUCUUCCAGGCCUUUGGUGCUGUUCUGGAUCCUAAUAUCUGCGUUCUGAUUGAUGCUGGAACAAAACCCGGGAAAGACUCGAUCUACCAGCUGUGGAAGGCGUUCGACCUCGAACCCAUGUGUGCUGGCGCUUGCGGUGAGAUCAAGGCUAUGUUGGUUCACGGAAAGAAGCUUAUUAACCCGCUCGUGGCCACACAAAACUUUGAGUAUAAGAUGAGUAAUAUUUUGGAUAAGCCCUUGGAGUCCGCUUUUGGUUUUAUUUCUGUGCUGCCUGGUGCUUUCUCGGCCUACCGAUAUGUCGCCCUCCAGAACGACAAGGCUGGAACUGGACCCCUGGAGAAGUACUUUGCCGGUGAGAAGAUGCACGGCGCCAACGCUGGUAUUUUCACUGCAAACAUGUAUCUCGCCGAGGAUCGUAUCCUUUGCUUCGAACUAGUCUCGAAGAGGAACUGCCACUGGAUUCUGCAGUACGUCAAAUCUGCGACCGGUGAAACUGACGUGCCUGUGGAAAUGGCCGACUUCAUUCUUCAGCGACGAAGAUGGCUGAAUGGAUCUUUCUUCGCUGCUGUAUACGCUCUAGCACAUUCGUUUGACAUCUUCCGCAGCGACCACUCUUUCAUCCGGAAGAUGAUGUUCCUCGUCGAAUUCACCUACCAGACCAUCAGCAUGAUCUUCGCUUGGUUCGCCCUCGGCAAUUUCUUCCUAGUUUUCCGCAUUCUGACGGCUUCCUUAGCCACCGAAAUCGGUACCGCCGGCAAGGUUCUGUUCAUCGUUUUCGAAUGGACGUACAUUGGCACCCUGAUUACCUGUUUCAUCCUGGCUCUCGGUAACCGCCCCCAAGGAUCCAACAAGUUCUACAUGAGUAUGGUUUAUUUCUGGGUUCUGAUCAUGGUUUAUCUCAUGUUCGCUUCCAUUUUCAUCACUGUGCGGUCUGUGCAGGCGCAGAUUAAGAAGAAUGACGGAUUCAAUGUCAAGGACAUUGUCGCCGACCCAAUCUUCUUCACCUUGAUUGUCUCCAUGGCCUCGACAUACGCUAUGUGGCUGGUCGUCUCCAUUAUUUUCCUGGAUCCGUGGCAUAUGUUCACGUCGUUCAUUCAGUACCUCCUAAUGACGCCCACCUAUAUCAACAUCCUCAAUGUUUACGCUUUCUGCAACACGCACGAUAUUACUUGGGGUACCAAGGGCGAUGACAAGGCCGAGAAGCUGCCUUCUGUCACCACAAAGGCCGACGGAAAAGCCGAUAUCCACGCUCCAACGGACGACGCCGAUCUCAACACACAAUAUGAGGCCGAGCUUCGUGUCUUUAGCACCAAAUGGGUCGAGCCAAAGAAGACACCGUCGGCGGCAGAUAAACAGGAAGACUACUACAAGGGGUUCCGAUCCGGUGUCGUGCUUUUCUGGAUGUUCUGCAACCUGGGGCUUUGCGCAUUGGUUUUGCAAUCUGGUGGCCUGGAAGUCACGGUGUCUGAUCCGGAUAAGGCGGCAGAGAAGAAGAACCAGACUGCUACAGUUUAUCUGGAGGUCGUACUGUGGAGUGUAGCGGGGUUGAGUGCUUUCAGGUUUAUUGGAGCUAUGUGGUUCUUGGUUGUUAGGAUGUUCCGUGGUGUCUGA